AUGUCUAGGCAUUUGUCUCAAACUAUCCAUCUAAUUGCUGAGGAGCUCAGUAAAGAUGAAUGGAAGCGCCUGUCCUUUCUAUGUGGAGUUACUGACACCGAAUGCCCAAGUUUCGACGUCAGAAGGAUGCUGAUGUCUUUAAUGCACCAAAAGGGAUUGGAUGAGACGUUCCUGAUGGAGCUUAUGUUUAAGAUGAGACGUUACGAUAUACUGAGGAGUGUGCUAAACACCAAUAGGACAGAAGUCGAGAGAAUGCUGGGAAACAACCAUGUUUUGUCGGAGUACAGAGUUUUGAUGGCUGAUAUUAGUGAGGAUAUGGACACAGAUGACUUGAAAUCCCUGGUGUUCUUACUUAGUGCUAACUUUCCAAGGGAGAGGUUAAGUAAAAUUAAGAGUUUGCUAGAUGUAAUUGUUGAACUGGAGAGACAAGACCAAAUGUCCUGUGAGAGAAUGGACCUGCUUGAAAAACAUUUAAGAGCCAUUCAAAGAACUGAUUUGGCCAGAAAGAUAAACCGCUAUCAACAGAGAGGUGCAGGGAAUGUAGAGAUGGGAAAUGCAGUGACAUACAGAGAAUACUCACAGAACUCAGUUGAUGAGUAUAGGAUGCGGUCGAAGCCUCGAGGUGUGUGUGUAAUUAUAGACUGUGUGGGCAUUGAUGGAGCAUACUGGAACAAAACAUUCAAGUGCUUACACUUCCAAGUGAUAACACACAAGCUGUUGUGUGUGAGAGAAACUCUGGCAACUCUGAAAGACGUAGCCAGGCGGCGAGAGCACUACUGGGCAGACGCCUUCAUCUGUUGUGUCAUCAGUCGGGGCUCUGCCACAGAUCUCCUCGGCAUCGAUUCCCAUGGCCCGGGGCUGAAUUUAGACACGGUGAAGCACCUCUUCACCCCUGAGUGCUGCCCUGGUUUGGCGGGCAAGCCUAAACUGUUCUUCAUUCAAAGUUAUGAGGUUCCAAGGCCUCAGAGGUGCUAUGGUGGAGCAGGGUACUAUGAUUACAGGGACGCAGAUCUGGAAACAGAUGGACCUGUGACCUCUUAUGGAGUGGAGACGGUCCCUGCAAAUGCAGACAUUUUCUGGAGUCAUUGCUGGACGAACGAGCAUCAGCUGGAAGACCAAAACCAUCAUUCUGUGUAUCUACAAGCUCUGUGUACCUCGUUACUGAAGGGACAGAAGAGGAAGAUGAAUCUGGUGGAUGCUCACAUGGAGGUGAAUCGGAAAAUAUAUGAACACAAUGCAAAGGAAACAGGGGCAAAAUACAGUAUAAAUCUAAGACAUACACUACGAAAGCAUGUCUGUCUUUCAUGA